CAGUAAAAAAAAACUGUACAUGUAUCCAAAAAUGGCGAAUGAAAAUUUUUUGUUCAGUGUAAAUUAAUUAUUUGGAAGCAUAAGUGUGUUAUUUAAUAUUGGACAGUUGAAUAGAAAUACAAAAGCAACCAUGGCAGACGCUGCCGUGGAACGUAGACCUACUCUACGAUUUUUUUGCCACAGGUGUCUUGUUGAAUUUGAGAGUGUUUUGCAGGACUACUGCUGUCCGUUCUGUCAGGGUGGUUUUGUUGAGCAGCUUGAGGCAAAUGCGGACAGAACAUCAUCUAGCGAUGACUUUAGUGAUGCGGACAUGAGUAAUAUUGACGAUUUGACAGAUGAAUUGGUAAAUAGAGAUGAAGCCAAUGCACAAAAUAGAGCUCCGAUGCUGGACGACUUAGCGUUUUUAAUGUCAGGGGGUAGGUUACGGAACUCAGGUUCGGGGAGCACCACAAGCGGGUCCAGCACUCCGGGCCAGGGUCAGGGGCGGAGACACACGCUCAUGGAGGAGCUGGUGUGGAUGAUCGGGGGCGCGCGCCCCGCCACCGGCGCCAUGACCGCCGGAGCACCCUUCGUGCUGGUCAGCUCUCCGGGGGAUUAUGUGUUCGGUGGUGAAGGUCUAGACGCAGUAGUAACGCAGCUGCUAGGUCAACUAGAACAGGCGGGGCCGCCACCGCUGCCGCAGGACAGGUUGGCCGAGCUGCCCUCGCAGGUGGUUAAUGAGGAGCUCGCUGCCACCAACACAGCUUGCUCCGUGUGCUGGGAUAACUUUUCACUUGGCGAAAACGUAUCGAAAUUGGAGUGCGACCACAUGUUCCAUUCCAAGUGUAUAACUCCCUGGCUGCAACUACACGCGACCUGUCCGAUCUGCCGGCGCUCCCUCCUGCCCGAACUACCGGACACGGAACCCAGCAACCCGCCCGCAACCGGACAACCCUCGGAACCCAGUCCACCGGCCAACCCGCCCCCCGGUAACCCCAGUAACCCGGGCAACACACCCAACAUCCCCCCACGCAGAGCAGCCUCGCUACUCAGUACACUACUCGGACAUCAGAUCGGAGUUGCACCAGGCACAGCCACGAGACCAACACAACAAAUUCGUAUAGCGCCGCGCAUGGUGAUCCGCCGCGGGCCGCUAGCGGUGCGUCGCGCGCGCUCGCAGUGGCCGCCCGCCGGCAGCUCCGCCCCGCCCCCCGCGCCGCCCGCACCUCCCGCACCGCCCCCGCCCUCGCUGCCAGACUACAACACCGACCUCGACUAUGAUUAAGGCUGGCUUGGGCGCACGGCGCACUCGUGUUGGCGGGCCGCCCCCGCGACGUGAUAAUGAACUAGUGAAGUGUAGUGAAGUGUCGGACGACCGGUCAAGUGGCCGAGAUAAAUCCGUUGUGACGUCACCCGCUGCGAUGUGCCUUUCGUUUCCCAAGCAUAGCAGCCAAAAUAACGAUUAGCUUCGUGAAGACGAGGUAUUAUAGAAACGAUAACAUAAUAAAAUGUGUGAGACGAAUCAAAUUGAGGAAAAGGCACCUUCGCGCGUUAUCACACGAAACAAGAAGGUAUCAUGCUUAAUAAAAACUAAGGAAGAGUAACUGUGUCAAAAAAUUUGUCCAUGAG